AGCAAACAGUUAAGUGUGGGGGGAUUUGAUGACUCGGUAUUUGCACAUGUUUUCCCCUUUGUUUCUUGAUUGUUUGAGCUUGAAUUAUCGCGUCUUUGGCCUAUUUUAUGCUAGGUUGUGUUCCUUUGUCACAUUUCAGGUCCUAGCACAUAAAGUGAAGCAUAGGCGCAAGUUUCAAGUCAAUCAGAGAUCAAUUGACAAUUCGGGAGAAGAA